GCAACAUGGUACAUUCGUAGGACGACGCAUUUCCGGGUGUGCGUACAUCCCCAGUGAAAAGUAACAUUUUACAUUCUAACGCGUGUUGCGUCUGCGCAGCGGAUUACUAGUCAAAUUUGAUUUUAGAUGCAGAAGCAAAAUGGCAUCUUCCUGUGUGCAGCUGUGUAUCAGGCACAGACUUGUUCUUCCGCUGAAGACGGUGGCUUUGACCGUCUGCACUCAAGCUCGUCGUUGCCAUACAUUCAUGAGGCCUCGUCGACCUCCAGAUGUCUCUGGGAUGCAAGCAAAAUAUCAGCAGAGACCAUGCAUCUGCUUUUAUAGUAAUACGAUCUCUAAACAGGAAGACAAAGAGUCAAACCAGUUAAUACACCUGAAUGAUGAUCUGUCGUCAAAUGAAAGCCCCACAUCGUUAGAUCAGGAUGCUGCCACCAGAUUGCACGCGCUGGAGGAGAUCAGCGACGAAGAGGCUGCGAGUCUAACACCAUAUCCGUCCAUCCCUCCAGCCUCCGUCUCUCUCAGAGAAUACGUUGACCAGUCGGAGACGCUUCUAAAACUAGUGCAGCUUGGGGUGAACCUGUGGAAGCUGGAGCAGAGGCCCAAUGUCGGCUCCAUGCUGCUCCGUCUCGUCUUUGAUAAGGACGUGGCUCCGAGGCUGCUGUUCCUCAAAAGCAUCGGCGUGGACGACUCUCGUCUGGGCUACGUCGUCACGCACAACCCGUUAGUCCUCACGGAGGAUUUGGAAAACCUUCAGGCCAGGGUGAACUAUCUCAAGUCCAAAAAGUUCACGGCCGAGAAUGUAGCGUCGAUGGUGUCCAGAGCUCCUUAUCUUCUCAACUUCAGCGUGAAGAGGCUGGACAACCGCCUGGGUUUCUAUCAGCAACAGCUGGGCCUCAACGCAGCCAACACUCGUAACAUUGUCGCACGUCUGCCCAGACUGCUGUGUGGCAGUUUGGAGCCAGUUAAAGAAAAUCUCAAGGUGUGCGAAAUUGAGCUUGGCUUCAAAGCCAAUGAGAUCCAACACAUGGUCUUGGCUGUCCCCAAAAUUCUGACGGCCAACAAGCGAAAGUUGACUCAAAUAUUCGACUUCCUCCACAACACCAUGAAGGUGCCACAUCACCUGAUCGCCAAGUUCCCACAGGUCUUUAAUAACAAGUUCCUGCGCAUAAAAGAGCGCCACCUGUUCUUGCAGUACCUGGAACGGGCACACUAUGACCCAGAUCAAAGCAGCUACGUUUCUCUGGAGCGCUUGACGUCAUCUCCGGAUGACACUUUUUGUACUGAGGUGGCUUUGGCCACGCUGGAAGAUUUUUACGUCUUCCAAAAGACGCUUUAACGUAAUAUUUCUUGGCGUGGUGAAAUUGGCUUUUUCUGUCAAUGCCAUUUAAAUUUGGGUGAGAGGCAGGUUCCACCCUGGACUGGUCAGGAAUCACUCACGUCACACAAACACGCACUUGCUCACAUUCACACACUAUAAUGACAAUUUAAAAUCUUUAGGGAACCUAAACUGUGUGUUUUUGGACAGUGGGAGGAAACUGGAGUACAAGUAUCCAGUGUUUUUCAAUGGACUUUUUGGACCUAAAUGUAUUUUUUCCUUUUUCGCUAUUUACAAAACCCCAAUGGUACUGUACACUGCCAGCACUGUAUUACACUUAUUGAAUUAAAACCAAACAAUAGCUCACAUUAUUUUUAUCUGAAACUAUAAGUAAAAUGUGUUAAAUUGCAUUUGAAAUUUCACGUUUUCUGUAAAAAAAAUAAAAUUGUCCAACUCGA